AUGCUCCGAGCGUUUAGUCACACAAAUGGUAGGUGUGUGUUCCAUCACGCUAAGUGUUGGCAUCAUUGUAAGCCUGUGCUGGCAAUCAGGAGAGAAGAUGUUAAUGCAUGGGAAAGAAGAGCACCUCUAGCACCAAAGCAUGUUAAGGAGUUGACACAGAUGGGAUACAAGGUCUUGGUGCAGCCGUCAAACAGGAGAGCCAUCCAUGAAAAGGAUUACGUCAAAGCAGGUGGCAUUAUUCAAGAAGAUAUUUCCGAGGCUUCUCUGAUAAUAGGUGUGAAGAGACCUCCAGAGGACAAAUUGAUCCCUAAAAAGAACUAUGCCUUCUUCUCUCACACUAUUAAAGCCCAAGAGGCAAACAUGCCCCUUUUGGAUGAGAUUCUAAGACAGGAAAUUCGACUGUUUGACUAUGAAAAAAUGGUUGAUCAUAAAGGAAUGCGAGUUGUGGCCUUUGGAAAGUGGGCUGGUGUAGCAGGAAUGAUCAACAUUCUACAUGGAUUGGGAUUACGAUUUUUAGCCCUGGGACAUCAUACUCCCUUCAUGCACAUUGGGAUGGCACAUAACUACAGGAAUAGCAGUCAGGCUGUGCAGGCAGUACGGGAUGCCGGGUAUGAAAUUUCAUUGGGAUUGAUGCCAAAGUCAGUUGGGCCUUUAACAUUUGUGUUUACAGGCACUGGUAAUGUUUCUAAGGGUGCUCAAGAAAUGUUCAAUGCCCUCCCAUGUGAGUUUGUGGAACCACAUGAGUUAAAGGAAGUUUCCAGAUCUGGAGACCUCAGAAAAGUCUAUGGAACAGUGUUAAGUCGUCACCAUCAUCUUGUAAGGAAACAUGAUGGACUAUAUGAUCCAGUCGACUACGAUAAACAUCCAGAACUUUACACUUCUCGCUUUAACACUGAUGUGAGCAUCUCUUCUGUUCUUUUAAAUGGCAUAUACUGGGAACAGCAUACUCCUCGCUUGUUAAGUCGACAGGAUGCUCAGAAGCUGCUGCUGCCAGUUAGAUCUGCUGCUGGUGCAAUGGACGGCUGUCCUGAGUUACCACACAAACUUCUGGCGAUAUGUGACAUUUCAGCAGACACUGGAGGAUCUAUAGAAUUUAUGACGGAGUGUACAACAAUUGACAGUCCAUUUUGUAUGUAUGACGCUGACCAGCAUAUUAUUCAUGACAGCGUUGAAGGCUCUGGGAUUCUGAUGUGUUCCAUUGACAAUCUGCCAGCACAACUUCCUAUAGAAGCAACAGAGUACUUUGGCGAUAUGCUUUUCCCAUAUAUUGAAGAGAUGCUGUUAUCAGAAGGCUCAGAACCUCUUGAAAGCCAGAAUUACUCAUCUGUUGUUCGAGAUGCAGUGAUUGCAUCCAAUGGCUCACUGACAGCCAAGUAUGAAUAUAUCCAGAAAUUGAGGGAGAGCAGGGAAUACGCUCAGUCGCUGAAGAUGGGUAAUAAGAAGAGGGUUUUAUUGCUUGGAUCUGGCUAUGUUUCUGGCCCUGUACUUGAAUAUCUCACUAGAGAUUCCAGCGUUGCCAUCACAGUUGCAUCUGUCAUGAAGGAGCAACUUGAACAACUGACGAAAAAAUACAGCAAUGUUACUUCAGUUCAUAUGGAUGUCAUUAAGAACGAGGAAAAGCUGUCCUCUUUGGUGAAGAAACACGACCUUGUGAUCAGUUUGCUGCCUUAUUCAGCACAUCCUUUGGUUGCUAAGAAAUGUAUUGACAACAAAGUGAACUUGGUAACAGCCAGCUACUUAACACCAGCUAUGAAAGAACUCCAGGAGAGCGUAGAAGCUGCUGGUAUUACAGUUAUCAGCGAAAUGGGUUUGGAUCCUGGACUUGACCAUAUGUUGGCGAUGGAAUGUAUUGACAAGGCAAAAGACGUUGGUGCUACGGUUGUGUCCUACACCUCUUUCUGCGGUGGCCUACCAGCUCCAGAGCACUCUGACAAUCCUCUGAGAUACAAGUUCAGCUGGAGCCCACAAGGAGUGUUGCUGAAUACAGUUCAGUCUGCUACGUAUUUGAAAAAUGGAGAGAUUAUCAAUAUUCCAGCUGGAGGAGCAUUACUUGAUUCUGUUACUCCGAUGGAUUUUUUCCCAGGAUUAAAUCUUGAAGGUUUUCCUAACAGAGACAGUACAAAAUAUGCUGAGCCGUAUGGUAUUCAGACAGCUCACACUUUGUUGAGAGGCACCUUAAGGUACAAAGGGUACUCCAAAACUAUGGCAGGCUUUGUAAAACUGGGAUUAAUUAACCCAGAUCCUUACCCUUUGCUAAGCUCAACCACGCCACCUCUAACCUGGAAAGAGCUCAUGUGCAAACUAGUUGGAAUUAAGUCACCUGCUGAGUACCAUGUUCUUAAAGAAGCUGUAUUUAGCAAACUGGAAAAGGACAAAAGUCAGCUGGAGGCAGUGGAAUGGCUAGGUUUAUUGGGAGAUGAACUAGUUCCAGCAGCAGAUUCCAUUGUGGGGGCUCUUGCAAAGCACAUGGAGUUGAAGUUGCCCUUUGGCACUGGAGAGAGAGAUAUGAUUGUUAUGAGAAAUGAAAUAGGUCUCAGGCAUCCUUCUGGUCAUUUGGAAAACAAAUUUAUUGAUCUGGUUGUCUAUGGUGAUAACAAAGGAUAUUCUGCGAUGGCUAAAACAGUAGGAUACCCCACGGCUAUUGCUGCUAAGAUGGUUCUAGAUGGUGAAAUAGAUGCCAAAGGUAUGGUUAUACCAUUGACAAAGAAUGUUUACGGACCAAUACUUGCACGUGUUCAGGCAGAAGGCAUUGUGUACAGUACUCACAGCGUUAUCAAACAGUAA